CUCGCGAGAGCUUGAGCUGCCGUGCGGUUCUGGGGACUUGGUGUUCGGCGUUUUCGGCACUGAGGAUUGAAUCCUGGGCUUCCCAAGUACCUGGCUACUGCUCUACUCCGGAGACACACCUACGACUUUGCCUUCAUGCCUUGAAGCUCUACUAAGAGAGAGACCUCUACAAAGGACCCCUGAGCUUCUGACGACUUCAGCACUGUACCCCUCUGCAGAACUGGGCACUGCCAGUGUCUCAGCUUCCGAAAGACAAAGGAGUGUAGAAGAGGUUGUGUUGUGUCCUGUGCCAUUCUCAUUGAUAAUGUCCUUGGCUAAUACAGAUUCAUCAGAAUGAGCAUGUACUACCACCUACCGAGUCUUCUGGAGCUGGCUGCACAGAGCCUGGUGGAAAAUGAGGCUUUGGCCAUCGCUGCUCUGGAGGAGCUGCCUGUGGACAUCUUCCCACCUCUGUUCAUGGCCGCCUAUGCUGAGAGAUGCAGAGAGACCCUGAAGGCAAUGGUGCAGGUCUGGCCCUUUGCCUGCCUCCCUCUCGGAGUCCUGAUGAGGAAACAGCAGGCUCACCAGGAGAACUUCCAAGCUGUGCUGAGUGGACUUGAUGGGCUGCUUGCUCAGGAGGUUCGCCCCAGGCGGUGCAAACUACAAAUGCUGGAUUUACGCCCCAAAAUACAUCAGAACUUCUGGGCUGGUCUGUUCUCACUGAAGGAGACAGAGGACGCUCUGCUGAUGAAGACAAAGCCAAAAAUGGAUGGUUCCAGGAUGAGGGCCAAACAGCCUUUGAGUCGCAUUGAGGUACUUGUAGACUUACACCUAAAGAACGGCAUGUGUGACCAACUGCUCACCUCUCUCAUUAGGAAGAUCAAGCAGGAGAAAGGUUUGCUGUACCUACAUUGUAAGAAACUGAGCAUUCUACCAAUUCCCUUCCAAAUGAUUAAGAGGAUCAUGAAAGUGGUGCAGCUGGAUUCACUUCAGGAAUUGGAAGUGCGCGGAUCCUGGAAACUGUCCACCCUGGGGAUGUUUGCUCCUUACCUGGGUCAGAUGGGUAAUCUGCACAGACUCCUCUUCUCCCACAACCACACUUAUCCUUACACAUCCCUGGAGGAAAAGAAAAUGUACGUCAACCAGUUCUGCUCAAAGCUACUCAAUCUGCCUCACCUCCAGGAGCUGUGUUUUGAUUCUGUGUCUUUUGUGGCAGGCUGCCUGAACCACAUUCUCAGGUACUUGAGGUGCUACCUGAAGAACCUCUCUGUUACCAAUUGCCUGCUUUUGGAAUCAGACUUGAUACAUCUCUCCCAGUGUCCCCAAAUCAGUAAGCUAAAGGACCUUCAUCUUAUCAGGGUUAACAUGACCAGCAUACACGCUGAGUCCCUGCGAUCUCUGUUAGAAAGCACCUCUGCCACCCUCCAGCGUCUUAGCUUAAGUGAGUGUGGGAUUACGGAUGCUCAACUCCCUGUCAUUCUGCCUGCCCUGAAUUGCUGCUCCCAGCUGGUGACCUUCGACUUCUGCGGGAACCCAAUCUCCAUGGCCAUGCUAAAAAGCCUCCGCCAGAACCUCAGGCUGACCAAGCUAUGCCACAUGAUAUAUCCAACCCCAGUGGAGAGUUAUGAGGAUGUUCCAGGUGCCCUUCAUCUGGGGAAGCUCGCCCAACUGCACAACACACUGAAAUGGAUGCUUCAUGAGCUGGGGCGGCCGAAUAUGGAUGGCUUUGGUCCCAACCCCUGCUGUCAUUGUGGUUUCAGUACCUUCUGUGAAUUUAGCCCCUAAGUCCUGCCUGCUUAGCUGCAUUCUGGCAAAUGGACACUGAAGCUCAGAAUGUGCUUCUAGGGAAAAAAAAAACAACAGUUGUUGAGAUCAUAUUAUAUAGAAUAAAAAUACGAAUCUGAAUUUCUAGAGGGGUAGGAAGGUACAUGUAGGAGAUGUUCCCUACAUGGAUGGCUGUAAGGAAAUGGCCAGAAAUAAAAAGAAUAUUCAUGUAAACCACUGGAUACACUGUGUGACCUAUGACUCUGAUUUACAGACAUCUGGAAUGUUUUACUGAAUGAGAGGCACUGGGGAUCCAUGAUAUUUACAUAUUCCUCCUGGCUGUAUGAAGUUCAGCACAAGAUCUUUUUUUUU